AUGAAUACUGAUCUUGAUGGUCUGUUAGAAUUUCUUCUGUACGUCGGACAAGCCAAACGAACGUUUCGCACUGGUUGGGUUCUACACGGUGUCGAAAAAGUUGAAAGUGUUGCUGAUCACAUGUAUCGCAUGGCUGUUAUGUCACUGUUAUUACCGACUUUAUCAGAAGAAUCGAAAGUACGUUGUAUGAAAUUGGCACUCGUGCAUGACCUAGCGGAAUCAGUUGUGGGUGAUCUAACGGAAUUCGAUGGAAUACCGAAAACAGAAAAACGUCGACGAGAAACCGAAGCGAUGCUAUAUUUAACCAGUUUAUUGCCUGCGGAUGUUGGAAGAGAAAUUUUCUCGCUUUUUAAUGAAUAUGCUGAUCAAAAGACUAGUGAAUCCAAGUUUGUGAAAGAUUUAGAUAUCUUCGAUAUGCUUUUACAGGCAUAUGAAUAUGAAAAACUUCAAUCAGAUGGGGAAUUCUUAGAAGACUUUUUUACUGGCUCUGUACAUAACAUAAAAACUGAUAUUGUGAAACAAUGGCUGAAGCAAUUAAUGGAUUGUCGAGCGUCGGGCGAACAAUUUCAACUGCCGACUGAUUCGAAUGUCAAUACUAUGUUAAAACAUAUUCUUUACGAUGAACAGGGAACGUUUUUGUACAAUUUCUCAUCGUUGGAAGUCCGUUCGAAAUCGAAUCAUUGUAUUUCGACUAAAACGAAUCUCGUUAAAAGCAUGAAACAUCAUCGGAAAUUUAGAAUUGCUUUAUCUUCUUUCUUCUAUUGUUUUGUUCGUUUUUAA